GAUUCGCACAGAAUACCAAAGAUGGGCGCCACAACUGCUUCUGCUCCGGCCAUUGUUGGUGCGCUCCAAUGCCAGAAAAAUUCUUAUCUUCAAACACUCGAGACACAAGUGGUGUCGUGUGAAGAGUUCGUGCCCCCAAAAACAUCGCAGCAAAACGGCAAGUCCAAAACCAAGAAGUCGACGGAUCCAACCAAAGCCCUCGAGAAUGGAGAUGCGACAACAAGCAAGACCUGGUUGAUUGAGCUCGCGGACUCGGUCCUUUUCCCUGAAGGCGGUGGUCAGCACACUGAUCAUGGCGUUCUUGUGCCUUUGGAAGGUGAAAGCAAAGCGGAAAUACCAAUACGAAGUAUUCAGCGCCAUGGUCUCCGCUGUAUACACUUUUCCCCUACUCCCCUCACACCUGGUACAUCUGUACGCCAGACCGUCGACUUUGACCGACGUUGGGAUCUCAUGCAACAGCACACUGGCCAGCACCUCCUCUCCGCUGUCAUGGAUGGCAUGGAUUUGCCUACCCUAGGAUGGAGCAUGGGUCAGCCCGGGGAGAUGAACUAUGUCGAGUUACCACGCAAACCAACCGAUGAAGAAAUGCAGACGAUACAAAAGGACUGCAAUGCAAGGAUUAGGGAAAGUAUGCCGAUUACAGUAGAGACGCCUGAGGGAAAAGGAAGUGACAGUCUUCCUGAAGAUUACGAUCGAGAAAAGGGCGUGGUGCGGUUCAUUAAGAUUGGAGACAUGGACUACAACGCCUGCUGUGGAACCCAUCUUCAAAACUCUUCGCACAUCAAUCUAAUACUUCUGCAUCACACGCAAUCAGUGCGAGGUACAAAUUGUCGGUUGUUCUUCACAGCAGGCGAUCGCGCGAUCAAACUGGCCACAGAAUCCAUUGCAGGCCUUCGCUCCAUUGCCGUCUCGCUAUCUUCAGGCUCGGCACCAGCCGAUGUGGCAGCCGGUGUGCAAAGAAUCGCCGAUCAGGUCUCUGAAGGAAGAAAAAAGGAGAAGAAGCUACUCGCUGAGAUCGCUUCAUUUCAAGGCGAACGCAUCAAGAAUCGUCUUCAGGACCAUGAAGCCGCAUUCCUGCACCGCGCAAGUGAGGGACUGGAUUUCAUCAAUCUCGUCCUUUCCGAGAUCAAAGAUUCAGUCAAGGAUCGAGAUGCCGUCGUAGUUUUAUCUACAGGUGAAGUCAGGAGCUCAGGAUCGCUCGUCAUUUUCGGCAAGCCGGAGUUGGUGGAGAAGAUGGCGGCAAAGGUCAAGGAGGUUGUGAGCACAGUCAAGGGCGGAGGCAAAGGCGAAAAGUGGCAAGGCAAGGUCACAGAGUGGCAAAAGGGUGAGAUUGAGGCGCUUGAAAAGAUGCUGAAUGAGCGAUAGAUUCUAUAGAAAGGAGAAUAGAGGGUAUAUGAAGCGAUUGAUCCAAGGGAAUAGAGCAUAGAUAGGAAAUACAAGGUAGAUAUCGGGCAACAUCUGUGAUGUGUCUCUCCUCUAGCGCAUCACACCCUACGUCGAAGAAGUAAAUACAUAGAAGAAAGGGAAGAAGAAUAUAGUCAGAGAACGAAA